AAUUAUUCCGUUUCUCUUCUUCCAGAAAAAUUCCUUGUCUUGACCGCCCUGGUGAUUGUCCAGGGCCGGCCUCAAGAUGAGCUAACCAGAAGGCACGAGCCCUCAGACCUUUGUCCUGAGAAAGGCCACAAGCUUCUACCCCACGAAUACGACUGCACGUUGUUUUACUACUGCGAAUACGGCCAGAAAUGGUCGACGCCCAGAAGUUGUGCCCCGGGAACGGAAUUCUCAGCUGCUUUGCAGGUUUGUGUGCAUCCGGCACAAGCUGACUGCAAUCUGCCGGGUCGACCGACAGACAGUCCACCUGCGGAGGCUCCAACGCAGGCUCCCACUCAAGCUCCAACGGAGCCCCAAACGGAGCCCCCAACACAGCCUCCGACGGCCGCUCCCACAGCGCCACCUACUCAAGCUCCGGCGGAGACCCCAACGGAGCCUCAAACGGAGCCCCCAAUACAGCCCCCAACGGUCGCUCCCACAGCGCCGCCUACUCAAGCUCCAGCGGAGACCCCAACAGAGCCUCAAACGGAGCCCCCAACAGAGCUCCCGACGGCUGCUCCCACAGCAGCACCUACUCAAGCUCCAGUGGAACCUCCAACCGAGUCCCCCAUACCAGCCCCACCAGCGCCCCCCAUCCAGCCCCCUGUUAAUCCAGGCGAAACCUUACCCAAUGGCUGCCCAGCUGAUUUCCACAUCCACAAACUUUUGCCCCACGAGGAAUGCAAUAAGUUUUACUACUGCGUUUUCGGGGACAAGGUGGAAAGGAAGUGCGCCCCGGGGACUUACUUCAACUAUAAAAUUCAGGUUUGCGAUCACCCAUGGAACGUUGAUUGCGCUGGUGACGGCGGAAACGAUGGUGGAGACGGUGGCGAAAGUGGAGAAGACGGAGGCGGCGGCGGAGGUGGAGGCGGGGGUGGGGGAGGAACUCUCCCCAACGGGUGUCCCGCAGAUUUCCACAUUCACCAACUGCUCCCUCACGAGUACGACUGUAACCGCUUCUACUACUGCGUCCACGGAGAGAAAGUUGAACGCCGAUGCUCCGGCGACCUGCACUUCAACCCCGUCCUCCAAGUUUGUGAUUGGCCAUGGAAUGCUGGCUGCGAGGGAGGUGAUGGCGGCGAUGGCGGUGGCGGUGAAGGUGGCGAUGGAGGUGACGGUGGAGGUGGAGGUGGGGGUGGAGGCAGUGGUGAUGGGUGCGACUGCGAGGACAAUGAAAAUGGCGGAGAAGGAGAUUGUGGCGAAGAUGGUGGAGGUGGAGGCGGUGGUGGAGGUGGAGGUGGCGGCGGCGGAGGUGGAGGCGGGGAAGGCGGAGAAGGCGGAGACGGUGGAGGCGGAGGCGGAGGUGGUGGAGGUGGAGAAGGCGGAGAAGGCGAAGACGGUGGAGGCGGAGGUGGAGGUGGUGGAGGUGGUGGAGGUGGAGAAGGCGGUGAAGGCGGAGAAGGCGGAGACGGUGGAGGCGGAGGUGGUGGAGGUGGAGAAGGCGGAGAAGGCGGAGACGGCGGUGACGGCGGAGACGGUGGAGGUGGAGGCGGAGGUGGAGGCGGAGGUGGAGGUGGAGGCGGAGGCGGAGGCGGAGGAGGAACUCUCCCCAACGGCUGUCCCGCAGACUUCGACAUUCACCAACUGCUCCCUCACGAGUACGACUGUAACCGCUUCUACUACUGCGUCCACGGAGAAAAAGUAGAACGUCGAUGCCCCGGCGACCUGCACUUCAACCCCGUCCUCCAAGUCUGUGAUUGGCCAUGGAAUGCAGGCUGCGAAGCAGGCGAUGGCGGAGGCGGAGGCGGAGGCGGAGGCGGUGAAGAAAGUGGAGAAGAUGGUGGUGGCGGCGGAGGCGGAGGCGGCGGAGGCGGAGGCGGAGGCGGCGGAGGCGGAGGCGGAGGUGGAGGCGGGGGUGGAGGAGUAACCCUCCCCAACGGCUGUCCCGCAGACUUCCACAUUCACCAACUGCUCCCUCACGAGUACGACUGUAACCGCUUCUACUACUGCGUCCACGGAGAGAAAGUAGAACGUCGAUGCCCCGGCGACCUGCACUUCAACCCCGUCCUCCAAGUUUGUGAUUGGCCAUGGAAUGCAGGCUGCGAAGCAGGUGGCGACAAUGGCGAAGAUAGCGGAGAAGAUGGAAGCGGAGGUGGUGGAGGUGGAGAAGGCGGAGAAGGCGGAGACGGUGGAGGCGGAGGCGGAGGUGGUGGAGGCGGAGAAGGCGGAGAAGGCGGAGACGGUGGAGGCGGAGNAGUUUGUGAUUGGCCAUGGAAUGCAGGCUGCGAAGCAGGUGGCGACAAUGGCGAAGAUAGCGGAGAAGAUGGAGGCGGAGGUGGUGGAGGUGGAGAAGGCGGAGAGGGUGGAGGCGGAGGCGGAGGUGGUGGAGGUGGAGAAGGCGGAGAGGGCGGAGACGGGGGCGGAGGUGGUGGCGGUGGAGGUGGAGGUGAUGGCGAUGGAUGUCACUGCGGCGAUGGCGGUAACAAUCCGUCUAACAAAUGCAAAACCGAAUGCAACAUCCUCCCGUGGGCCCACGACACCGACUGCGACAAAUUCUGGCGCUGUGAAGGCGAAGAAGCCGUCCUAGUCAUUUGCUCAGAAGGCUUACACUUUAACCCCAAGAAGGGCAGCUGCGACUUCAUCUGCUACGCCGGCUGCGUGAGGAAGACCGUCCAGGUGACGACUCGACCUAACGGCAUCAGCAUUUUCGUGCCCACGAACAAAGCCAAACAGAGCGAACAAAUGACUUUGAUUACUAAUUCGAUUGAAUAA